GGAUCUGACAACGUUAGGUUCAAUAAUUUUGCCCUGAUCUUCCAAGCGGUAAAUAGGAAGAUCCUACAUUACUGGAAAGGCUGUCACGCCUGUGUGAUAGUAUUACAGAUGCCGCCUAGACAUGUGUUGAGCUGUGACAACGACCUCCCGAUUAAACGUUGUGAGUUGAGGGAAGGUGUAUGUGAAAAGUGACGUUUCAGUGAAGGAAACUACGGAUUAGAUGCCACAAUUGUCGAACUACUGUACGAAAAAUCCAACAAACCUGGGAAACGAAUAACGUCUAAGAUAUUUGAUCGUUAUUGUCCGAAACAUAACUGGAUACAUAUGUCAAGAUUUUAUGUUAUUUGAUACUACUGGAUAAGUUUAGCACACGAAGUACAAAAAAAAGUUUACCGUGCUGCCAGGCAACCCAGUGUAUACCAUACGGCCGGUAGCGUGUAGCAGGCAAGUAGGAGUAGGAUGCUGCCACAGGUACGACACAUGAUGAACGGGAUGCGGGGGCGUGGCGGCUCGUGUCUCGCCUCUACUGUUAUAGCUCCGAGGGUUACAUUAUCGUCCUGCUGCGUUACGUUUAAGGUUGGAGCAUCAUCACCUCAGGGGCCCAGGUAUCCUCCCUCCGCAGCGCUUUCGUUACUCCACAUCCGAGACUUUCACUCACGAAAGUUCUCCCGUAACGUUGAGUUCUUCACUUCGAGUGAUGUUCCACUCCCGCAAAAAACAAUGAAGGUUGCAUCAGCCCUCAGCCAGCAUGAACGUCCUCUAACACUGCUCUUCUGCUGGCUCAUGGCCAGAGAACGGCACAUUAAGAAGUAUGCCCAACUGUAUACCACCAUGGGUUUUGAUGUACUGAAGAUCAGAUUAUCUCCGUUUGACCUAAUACGACCUACCAAAGGAUCACAGUUAGUAGCAGACCAAGUGUUAGAAUUCCUACAUGCUAACCCAUCACAUACUCCACUGCUGGUCCAUGGUUUGAGUGUUGGUGGUUACCUGGCAAUGGAAGUCAUGGUUAAGAUACAUAAUAACAUGCAGAAACAUGGACAUCUCUUGGACCGUUUUGUUGGCCAAAUCUGGGAUAGUGGGGUGGACAUUGAUGGAAUCCCUGAUGGUGUGCCCAGAGCAAUCACCAACAAUAAGGCUUUACAGAGGAAUAUCAAGAAGUAUCUACUAUGGUACCUGAAGAUUCAGUACCACACAUCAACAAUUCACUACGAACGAGCAAGUGCUAAGAUGCAUGAAAACUUCAUUGGGGUUCCAGCACUAUUUUUCUUCUCAGAGAAUGAUCCUGUCUCCACUCCAGAGAUGAAUACAAAAGUAUAUAGUAAAUGGGAAGAAAAAAAUUACCCUGUAUAUACCAAAUGCUGGACAGAUUCAGUCCAUGUGAGUCAUUACCUGAAACAUCGUCAAGAGUAUGAAGAGGAGGUGGCAGCAUUCUUAGAGAGCCUUGGUAUGAUUGAGCUAUCCAGACGUCGAGCUACAUCUGUAUGAAGAUCAGCAAAUCUACAUAACGGGUGUUUUAUUAAUUUUGCCAAGAAGCAUGCAUCAAAAAACAAUGUUAUGUAGUUUAUGGAAAAUGAUAUUUUCUAAUUAAAUUGUAUGGAACAUUUUUAUAGUUGUAACUUUUUAUAUUUUUGGAAAAGUCAGUUGAGCACUUUGUCACCUAAAAUGAAGUACAGUAUUGUGGGUUACAUUAAAGAAAUAAAUGUCAGGGGGAACACAGAAGGCAGCAAUUUAUAUAUUUAAUGAUGCAGUCUGGACGAGCAUCUCUUAGAGCAGUGGUUCUCAAACCAUGGACCAUGAGCUGAUUUUCAGUGGAUUGUGAUGACCCAGCAAAGUUAUCCAUUUUGCCUGUUUUUUAUUUAAACCGUCUAUGUCAUUGGUGCAAAAUGGGAGUCUUCAGUCAUUUUAUUUAUUGUUAUUUAUACUUUGCUAUUAAAUUCCUAGUUGAUAUGACAAUAAAUUUUAUUUGACUGUUGAUUUUUUGUAUUUGGAUCAGUGGGCUGUGUAGUUCCGAGAUAUUCAAAAUUGGGUCGCACUCCAAAAAGUUUGAGAACCACUGUCUUAUAGUAAUAUGAACUAUAAUAUAUACACACCCAAAAUAUAAUUGACCAACUGCACUGUGUUUGUUAUCCGUAACCUACAUAUUUAGUGUUCCUAGUAAAAUGAUCAUUAAAUUAAUAAGUGAUAAAUACUGUAAAAGAUUAUUAUUACAGAUAUUGGAGUACAGUAACUGUACCUGUUGUAUUAAACACUUGACAAAACCAGAACAAUUUGAUGUUUAUACUGUACUGUAAAAAGAUGUACAUAGCAAGAUGUUAAUCUGAGACAUUAUUUUGACUUGUAGCUAGGUAGAUGUGGUCCAAACUUGGAGCUGAAUUCGAUAUUCUUUUUGUUAGUUUAUACUGUAGUGUAUUUUGAAUACGUAUCUCAAAGUCAAACCAUUUAUUACAAUAUAGGAGAUGUAACACCUGUAUUGAAAGAUUGCAGCCAGUUCUUUCAUGACUAAACAUCUUUAUUGUAAUUUUCUUUCUCAGUUUUUUUCUUUCUCAUUUAAAACAGUUGGAAAAAAUAGGGAUAGGGAGAUUUUCAUUUUUUUUUUCUCUGACUGAAAUUGGCUCAUACAGGCAGAUCUCUUGGAAGGAACAAAAGAUUGUUAUAACUUGGUGCCUUUUGAGAUGUGUUCCUGACAGUGCCAUUCUUACUCUAUGAAUGCUACAGGAUGGCUUUCUUUGGCAAUGGCUCAGCAUGUGUUGGCAUGGCUUGUUUUAUAGAUAAAAUGAUGACAUUAACAUAUUUUAAGAAACCAUAUUUAAUCGACAUUCAACAAUUAAUUUUGAUGCCUCGACUAUCCAUGUCUCACUUGCAAUUUCACAUCCAACCUAAUGAUGUUCUGGUCACCUUGACUAUUUUACCAACACUCAAUUCAAGACCAUUUCCAGAUAUGAUGGGCCUAAAAUUUUCACUUAAUACACUCGAGAGAUAGUGAAAAGGAAGAGAGAGUUUUGGUGGGCUGUAUAAGUUGAUGAGACAACCACUGACUGGCUGAAGGAAUGUAAACAAUGAAGCCUGAGGAUAUGUUUGUUAAAUUAAUAUUUUUUUCAUGUCUAAAGUGAAAAUACAUACAUUAGAUGAGGCUCUGUUAUAAGAGGCCUUCCUGCAUGUGGAAGAACAUUGGCUGUGAAAGGCCUUGAAGUUACCAAAUAAAGAUUAAAACUGGCUAGAACAGUUUAAAGGAGUACAGCAGAGAAUCAUACUUAUGAGACACUAGUUUCUAAACCAGAACUAUUCACUGUCCAUUAUGUGACUCACUGAAACAGAUAAUUAAAUGAGCUAGAGUUUUUGAAUCACCCAAACACAUAAUAGGAAUGUUCAAUGCAAUAAAUAAAUUCUCUGACAGUGUA